CAAAUGUGGACAAACGCUCCCCGACAGGAUCAAUCGGCUUUCCAAUCCCCUCCACAGCGUUCGAGAUGCAGCCCGAAUGAUAAAGAGGCUGGCCAGCGUGAAGAAGAAACCUUCUGAGAUCCUCCAAGCACCUGGUGAAGGAUCGGGGCCCGUGCGUCGGCUGAUGCGAAACCAGAUGCGUGAUCAUGCAACGCGCCGAGCGGUCGAUUCGGUGGGCAGGGCUCUCAUGGGUCCAGGGCUGUCAGCCAAUGGGCGGCUGCUUGGAGAGAAGAGGACAGGCAGCCGCCUCAGGGCAUUCAUCACCGGCAGCGAAGAAGAUCUAAGGCAGCUACAGGCAGACGGCAGCACCAGCACUGAGUCUCCGCCGAAGGGCGAUUGCCCAAGCCCCUGCAUGGCCCACCCCAUCGAUGACCACUGCGUGCCCAACGCGACCGCCUUUCAGGACGACAUUGACGCACUGACGGACGACGCAGUGAAAGGCGUUCUGGAAAGGAUUGCCAAGUGCCGGGAUGCCACGUCUCGAAGCGCACAUGGCAAUUGGUGCGGGCCUGACACAUCGGACGACUGCGAAUGGAACGAAGAAAACGCAGUGUGCGACCCGAAGGGCAACAUCUUGGUAGUCACAUACACAGCAUGUCUCGGAUUCUUGACAUUUGUUCACCUACAGGUGCCUUUCUUCGGCCUUCCCUCAUGUUGCCCGACCAUUGACUGCCCCAUCCAUGGUGAGGGCGACCAAGCGGAAUGCGAGGGAAUCGACGGAUGCAAAUGCGUCCAUGGUGACCAGGGAAGCAGCAUGGGGCGUGCAUGGCCAACUGGACUGCGGCCUAUGAGGAGAAGCUUGUGGGCGUGAAUGAGAUGUGCAGACAAUUUGCGCCCAUAUGGUCAUGCGAGAGGCUGACGAGGGACGAAUGCGACAAGGACUCGAGUAAGGAAACAAAGAUGGUGGUCACUUGCGCGGUAGCGAAGCCUGUGUUUCUGCUUGCAGAUUGUGCCUACGAGUCGUGGUUAGGAUGUAAAGUGAAGAGUGCCCUUGAAGACGAGCUGAACGACAUUCUGAAGGGCGCCCGCGAUCUGUCGAUCUGCGGCCCCCUUGUCCGCUGCCACAGCAUCGGCUUUUCCAAGCAAUACCAGUGCGAGGCUGAUCUGGCCUGCGUGUGGACCAAGCUGGACAACGACCCGGGCGAUAUGGGUUUCUGUCACGCGCAUCCCGCCGUCACUGUCGCCAAUCCUGAUCUUGUCAGCCUCGAGACUGAGAAAUGUAAAGCGAAGCUUGGGUUUCACGUCGUCCCAUGGCGAUGCGGGAGAGAGCACAUCUUUGCAAACGACAACGGGAAGACGUGCUUCGAGAAUGGGGCGUGCACCUUGGUUUGUCCCGAAUGGGGAGAGACCAGAUGUGACAGCAAUUGUAGGCCAUUAUGGACACAGCUGUAUGCAAUGCUAUGCAUUCUUCAUGUGUUCAUACUGUACAUUGUGCACAUGCAGAUUACUUCCUUCUCGACACGGUAAUUGGUCAAGAAUUGCCGGCUGCAUGUGAGAGAACAAAGAGACACAAGGACAUGACAGCCUCACAUGUGAGACACAAUGUCAAUUUCAGCUGAUCUUGUCGACCGAAUGGAUGAAUGCUUCGCUGUCGGGGACAAGAUGUAUGUGUACAACGGUGAGGUGACAGCCGAGGGUUGGUCCGAGCACGGCUCUGCGAUCCGCGACAAGUGCCCCAACAUCAUCGACCCGACCACACUCACCGUCAACAAGGCCGUCGAUCCCGUCAGUGAAACUAUCGCACUCGCACAGACCGCUGCCGCAUUCCAGCCGCCCAGCAAAUGCAGCCCGAGUGACGGCUGCAGGGUCACACAGACUGGCGCGUGUGUGCCCGACUCUGCGAAAUUGUCGUCACGCAUUGAUGCACUCGCGGACGAAGAGAAGGCCUUCCUGCAGAAAGAGUUGGACUGCAUUGAGCUGGGGGAGUCGGCGUGCACUGGCGACUGCGAGUGGGACAAGAAUGACCAACUCUGCCAGCUCUCUGUCAAGGUCGCAAUCAAGCUGGUGAGCUCGAGAUAGACGAUAUUAACGCCAAUCCAAAGUGCUCUUGUCGUUUUCUCGUCAGGUGUUUGGGGUCGAUAGCUGUGGCAAGGCAUUUGACUGCGGCCUUUCCAUUACACAAGAGGAGUGCAACGGAGACGAAGCAUGCUAUUGGGACGAGAGGAAGGCCGAGUGUCUCGUAAAAUGGAGUUUCAUUCGAGACAUCUCUAUCGGCACUGAAGACGAAUGCACGGUUAGACAUGACAUGCAUUCACGCAGAGCUUCCCGGUUGCAGACACAUGUCAUUUUGUAUGUGACUCAGAAGUACAAGCCACUCAUUGAAUGCGGCGGGCUGACACCCGAUGAAUGCAAAACGGCUGACUGUAAGAAGCACAGUCGGUGAGAACGAAGCCUUGAACUUACUAUUCUACUUGUUGAUCAGAUUGCGAGUACCGUGAAGAGGGUGAUGGCAAUUGGAGCUGUGAUAAAUAGGAGGCGGUUUAUGAGCCCCUCUACAGGGAGUUCAGAAAGGAAAAAGCGGAGGACCUGUUCAAGUGUGGUCCGAACAUUCGGUGCCCCUCGAUGGACUACGAAAGGGUCAGCAACUAGUUCUGUCUCAGUGCCGAGGAAGCUACGUUUCCCGGCUCCCUCUUCUUUGGGUACAGAGCUUGUGCAAUCGCGACCAAGGAUGCUUUCACUCUGGAGGGGCCUGCGGCAAAUGCAAUCCAAACCCGAUGGUAAGCAUCCGCGAAAAGACAUCAAGCGUCAGUCACAAUUGGUCACCCGGCUGGCUUCGUUCAGGCGUUGUUCGGCCAUCCAGAUCUUUUCGAUGUGUCGAAUGAAGCCUGCAGUCGUCUGCUGGGUGCAUUCAUUAUGCCUUUUCUUUGCUACACAGAGGUGCGAGAACAAAGAAGCGUCUCUCUCCUAUCGGGCAUGACGUGUUCUAUGUCUCCAUCUGUCUCAGCAUCUGAAAGCUCGUGAUGACGGCGAGACAUGCCUGCACAAUUCAGCAUGUCAGCUAUGGUGCCACACAGAAGGGAAAGAGCUGGAGUGCCACGGCAACGGUGAGCAGAACCGUCGAUCGGCACGAGACAUAUGGUUGACGUCUUGCCAUUUCUUGCUGUCAGAGGAAAAGCUGCAGGACGAGAUAUUGCCCUUCAGCAAAGAUGCGAGUAAGCUCUCCCACACACCAUGGCCCUAUGGAUGCACAUUGGUGGGCGUCUGAUGCAGGGGACCUGCAAGCCGAGAUGGAGAGGUGCCUCGAUGUAUAUGACGAUACUGCCGAUGAGGAAGUAAAACAAGGCAUCCUCCUCAACGACAACUACGCUGAGGCGAAGGAUGUUUGCGGCAUAGUCGCCGACCCAGGGACAAUCACGCCGGACUCUGACUACGAACAGGCGCUUUCCAGGGCCAUGAUGGCGGCCUCCGAAGCUGGCGAGUAUCAACCUUCGCCUGCCUCUCUGCAGUGUGAGGCACAGAUCGCCGCAGAAGCCGGGGCAGUUACCGCAGGACGGGAUCUUGCUGCCCUUCAUCUUGGUAUUGCUGUGCUUUUCCUUUCGGUGUUUGUGGUGGCGUGAGGAUUUCUUGUGCCGUGAGACUUGUUGUGGAUAUGCAGUGUGUCAUUUGUCAGUGAGGCUCGGCGCCGAGCCUCACUGACACCAUUUAGCGUGAGACACGAACAGCUUC